CUUCUCUUCUCUUGAUCCUUUGUACUUGUUUCUCCUCCUUUACAACAAAACAAAACCAAAAAAAAUAAAAUGGAGCGAUUGAUAUGGUUGUUCCAAUUCCUUUUGUAUUUCAUGCAAUAUCAUCAGGUUUCUUGUUCAUCAUCUAUCUCUUCUUUUUCUACUUGUACACAUCAUUUGUGUCCACAUGACCAGAGGUUUGCAUUGUUGCAAUUCAAGCAUUUGUUUACUGUAAACACCUCUACCGAUGCUUCUUGGUGGUGUGAGCAUUUGGAUUUGGCUUCUCCAAAGGUGUUAUCUUGGAACGAGAGUUGUACUGAUUGUUGUUCGUGGGAAGGAGUCACGUGUGAUGGUCUGACGGGUCACGUGAUUGGGCUUGACCUCAGUUGUAGCCAGCUCUAUGGCAGUAUCCAUCCUAACAGUAGCCUCUUCCAACUCUCUCACCUCCACCACCUCAAUCUCGCCUUCAAUCACUUCAAUUACUCCCACAUUCCAUCAGCAUUUGCUCACUUUCCCAAUUUGACACAUCUCAACCUAUCUUAUUCCUUUUUUUCAGGCUCAAUCCCAUCAGAAAUUCGCCACCUGUCCAAACUAGUUUCACUCGAUCUCUCGUAUAUAGGUAUUAGACUUGAACCGCACAAUUUCAGAAUGAUGCUCAAAAACCUAACCCAAUUGCAAGAACUUGUCCUUUCUUCUGUAAACAUAUCUUCAGUUGUACCGAUGUCUUUGACGAAUAUGUCUUCUUUGACAUAUCUCGAUCUUACUUACACCGGGUUGCAUGGGAAAUUACCGGAUAGCAUUUUUCACUUUCCAAACUUGCAAAUUCUCUCUUUAGGAGACAACUAUGAUCUCACUGGUAAUUUACCCAAAGUAAACUGGAGUAGUAGUAGUUCCCUCCAGCAGUUGUAUCUCGGGUCUACGAGUUUUUCUGGAGAAUUACCAGAUUCAAUUGGCUAUCUCAAGUCUUUGACAUCCUUGGAUCUCAGGUAUUCGAGUUUUUAUGGAGAAUUACCAGAUUCAAUUGGCUAUCUCAGGUCUUUGACGUCCUUGAAUCUCGAUCUUUGCAAAUUCUCCGGGUCCAUUCCUGAAUCACUCGGGAACCUUACACAGAUCACUUCUAUAUACUUAGGGGGAAAUAGUUUCAACGGUCAGAUCCCAUUUACUCUCUCAAAUCUUAAUCAGCUCAUUUCCUUGGAUCUUUCUGGAAAUAAUCUCCAUGGAAAAAUUCCUAAUUUUAGCGGUAAGCUGAUAAAGCUAGAGUAUUUAGCACUUGCAUAUAACAAUUUCAAUGGUCCAUUUCCAUGUGGGGUAGCCAACCUGACGAAACUUGCUUUGUUAGAUAUAUCGAGUAAUGAACUGAUGGGUCCCAUUCCCUCCAACAUUAGUGGGCUAAACAACCUACAAGCACUUUUCUUGCUCAAUAACUCACUGAAUGGGACACUACCAUCUUGGUUGUUGAAUCUUCCGUCAUUGACGGAAUUAUACCUGGGUAGUAAUCGACUAACUGGCCAAAUUCCUGAGUUCCAGCAUAAAUCAAAAUUGAUGUACAUUAACUUGAGUCAUAAUGAACUACGCGGCCCCAUUCCACAAUCAAUUUCAAAUCUUGUGAAUUUGACACAACUUGAUCUUUCGUCAAAUAAUUUGAGUGGUGUUGUAGAGCUACAAACAUUCUCAUAUCUAAAAAAUCUUGUUAAUCUUGAUCUUGGUUUCAAUUUGAUUCAAGGACCACUCCCAGUUCCUCCACCCUUCGUAUCUUCUUUCCUCUUCUCACAAAAUAAACUCACUGGAGAAAUUCCUUCUUCAAUUUGCAAUGUGAGUUUCCUUUCCAUCCUUGAUUUGUCUCACAACCACUUGAGUGGUGCAAUUCCACAAUGUUUGAGAAACCUCAGCAACUUUCUACUUGUAUUAGAUCUGCAGUUCAAUGCCUUUGAAGGGAACAUCCCCAUGACAUUUGGAAAGGGUAAUCAGUUGGUCAUUUUUAAUUUGAAUGGAAAUCAAUUCGAAGGACCAGUUCCACGAUCCUUAACCAAUUGUAGACAGUUACAAGCUCUAGACCUCGGAAACAACAAGAUAAAUGACACUUUUCCAUACUGGUUGGGGAUACUUCCAGAGUUACGGGUUCUUGUCUUGCGAUCCAACAAAUUUCACGGUCCAAUAGACACUUCCAAGCCAAAACUCUAUUUCCCUAAACUCCGAAUUGUUGACCUCUCCCACAAUAAGUUCACUGGUCAUUUGCCAGGGAGAUAUUUCAAAUUUUUCAAAGCUAUGAGGAAUAAAACUAUGCCAAAUGAAAAAUAUUUGCGUGUUGGAGCAUAUUAUUCAGUUACGGUGACGAUGAAGGGGCUUGAUAUUUAUUUAACGAGAAUUUUGACUGUCUUCACAACAAUUGAUUUAUCAUCUAACAAAUUUAGUGGAGAUAUUCCAAAUGUCAUCGGAGGGCUUAAUUCUCUCAUAGUGCUUAAUUUAUCUCAUAAUAGCCUUACAGGCCUUAUUCCAUCAUCUUUAGGAGACUUGACAGAGCUUGAAUCACUAGACCUCUCUUCAAACCAGCUUAUUGGGAACAUUCCUAACCAUUUAUUGAGUUUGACAUUUCUUGAGGUCUUUAACCUUUCAUGUAACCAUCUUGAUGGACCCAUACCUCGAGGCAAACAAUUUGAAACAUUUGGAAAUGAUUCAUAUGUUGGGAACUUGGGAUUAUGUGGGUUUCCAUUGUCAAAGGAAUGUGAAGAUAAUCAAUCACCAGUUCAGCCGGGGGUGCUAUUACAACAGGAAGAUUACACAAAUUUUUUAAGUGGAUUUACUUGGGAAGCCGUGGUGAUGGGGUAUGCGUAUGGAAUGGCAUUGGGAUUGGUUAUUGGUUUUCUCAUGUUCUUAACUGGACAACCAAAGUUGUUUGUAAGAAUUGUUGAAGGGAAAAAGCAUAAAAAGGUGAAAAUGUUGAGACAAGGUGGCAGAAGAAAUUAGCAAACAUGGAUUAUGUUUUCAGUCUUUUGUGGCAGCUUCAGUUCUGCUUGAGGGUGAUCAUCAGUUCUGCUUUAGCUCUGCUUUCGUUCUGCUUUAGUUCUGCUGGUGUUUUUGGAGUUGGUGUUCUGCUUGAGGGUGAUCCUGCUGUUCUGCUGCUGUUUUUAAUUUGGCUAGCCUUUGGGUUGUCUGUUAUGCUUUAAGUUUGGUUAGCCUUUUCUUAGGUGAGGUUGUUUUGGGUGUUUGUGGUUGGAUCCUCACCAACCCUUGAUGCUUUACACUCAUCCUCUUUUUCUUAUUGAUGUAAUAGUUUUCUUCUUUAAUGUAGUUCUCUUCUUUGCUGUUAAAAAAAAAAAGUUUCAAUUUUAUCAUUUUGGUUCUUAAA